AUGGCCUUCUCCACGGCCAUCGCUCGUCCACUACAGCUGGCCACUCGUACCCUGCAGUGGAUCAGCGCGGUCAUUGUCAUGGGCUUGACGUCUUACUUCCUUCAUCAUGGUCCACAUGGUCAGCACAUGAUAUACCAAGAAGUCAUUGCUGUCUCCUCAGUCAUCUUCUUUAUCCCAGCAUUCAUAUCACCAUUUCUGCCUUCAGCACUAAGCAGAUUCGUGCUAGUCAUCGAUGUCAUAUUCUCAUACCUCUGGUUGACUGCCUUCAUCUUCGCCGCCCAAGAUUACAGCACAAAUCGAUGCUCCUCCACCAAACCUUUCGGCAUCAACUGCCGCCACAAGCGGGCCAAUGAAUCUUUCAUCUUUGUAGCAUUUAUCCUCACAUUCUUCGGUGUGUUUAUCGAAGUCGCGGCCUUGUGGGCGCAUCGCAAGGAAACCAACACCGCCGAACGCUCUGUCACUGAGGAGCAGAAAGCCGAGACUGAGGCUCGUCCUCCUCUUGAUGCGCCCGCUGCAGCUCCUGUUGGCAAUGUCUAA